AUGUUUCAAGUUUAUUUUCUGUUAAGCAGAUUCACAUUGCUUCGACAUCUAAUAUCCAAUAGGAAAGGUUGUUUCCUGGACAAAAAUAUCUCUUAUGUCGAUAUCGUGUACAGUGUGAAUCCUGCAUAACGGAGUCUUCCUCUUUGGACAUCGUAAUUGAAUGUUGGAUGCAGUGUGCAUCUUGCUUUCAAGUGUUUACGAGUGUUUACAAUUAUUCGCGUACAUUUAUCCACUUUUAUCUAUCAGACUUCUGUCUUUUUCUUCUAUUUAUUAAACCUGUAUCUUUUUCUUCUCGCUAUUAAUGAAAUAAUAUCAAAGUUUACAUACAAGAUUCUCUGAAAAAUAACUUAGCUGUCGUAGUUUGAAAGAUUUCGUGCAUUUAAUUAAAGUCAAUAACUUUAAAGGAUUAAUUAGUUUAAAAUUCAAAUAAAAUAAGAAAAAUAUCUAAAUUUAACAACUAUAUCUUAUAAAGAUAUUUAUAAAUAUGAAUCACCCUUUACCACCUUCGGAGGAUAUUCUGAGAGAGAUUCUACCAGAACUCGAAGAACCUGUAUUGUUUAAGAAUAUGUUGCAAAAUUCUGAUGGCUCCUAUGAAUGGAAAUUACUUGAAUGGAGUCUGACAGAAUUGGUUCAGAAGUUCGGAAAUAAUCCAUUACCAUUUCGAAUUGGUAAUCACAACAAGCGUACAGGCAAUCUUCAACAUAGCCAUUGGUGCGUGAGUCCACCUUCACAUCCGCUUUAUUUAUCGCUGCAAGAAUUUAUUGAUUUACAAAAAACAAAACAGAAAAUGUGGUAUUACUGUGAUUACAAACAUAUAAAAGAGUGGCUCAGUGACAACACAGAAAUUAUAGAAUCUUUCAAUUGGCUCAAAUUUGGGAUUGACAAAGAACUUGGUAAAAAUGGACUGCAUUCUACUUUUUGGAUCGGAAGCAAAGGCUCUCAUACCGACUGUCAUUGGGAUACCUAUGGUUACAAUUUAGUGGCACAAAUAUAUGGCCGAAAACAAUGGUUGCUUUAUCCACCUAAUGCUGCUCUUAUACCAGUUAGACUUCCUUACGAAGAGUCAACUGUAUAUAGCAGAUUUAAUAUUUAUUGCUUGAGUGAAGAGGAAAAAGAUUGUUUAUUGGAUAUACCAGAUAAACCAAAAUUAAUAACCUUAGAGCCUGGAGAUGUUUUAUUUGUGCCUAAUGGUUGGUGGCAUUAUGUGGAAUCUUUAGAUCAAAUCAAUGUGAGCGUUAAUAUGUGGGGAAAACUGAAAAUGGAUAGUAGAGCACGAGUCGAGGAAGCUCUGGUUAAAUUGAUAGUAGCCAAGAUGGGAGACUAUAAUGAGUUUCCAAAUAAGGAAACUAUAUAUUAUACAACAGAAGUCGAACGCGCUGUUGUUGAACGCACGCGAGAAGAAGAGGAGGAAGAGAAAGAGGAGGAGAAAUCAGAAGCAGAAAUACCUGCAAAAAGGCUUAAAUUACCACAUACUGCAACAGAAUUAGCUGAAGAAUAUCCUUAUUUUAUUAAGUUGUUACCUGACGCAGAGGAACACGAAUUCAAAGAAUUUAUUGAAGAAAGAUGGAAAAGAGAUAAGGAGAAGUAUCCGUCAGAAGAAACAACCGCAUCUGGAGAUUAUGUACCUAAUCCUCAAUAUGAUUCAUUCUUUGAAUCUCUUAUCAAUGCCCUAUGUCAUCCAGAGGUUAUUAGUAAAGCAGCGAAAGUAUUGUUAGAAAGACAUUACUAAUAACGUCACUAGUAUUUAUAAAAAUGUUUUUUUAAAUUAUCUUGAACCAGGCAGUGUUUCUUAUAUUUAUAGAUGCUGAGAACAAUGCAAAUUUCAUCAGCACGUUAAGUUUCCAAAAUAAUUGAGGUUUAAUGUGUAAAGAUUGCUUUUUUUGAGAUAUUUAAAUUUUUUCUAAAACUAAUUAACGUUAAAAUUGCGUAAAGUAAAAUUUUGAUCAGAAGACAAAUGUAUUGUUUAGAAACCCUAUGUAAUGCAAAAUUUUUUAAUCUAUAUGCGAUUAUAUAUGUGCUUGCCUGAUGUAUACAUAAUGCAUACACAUAUCAAGCAGAAUCUAUAUUAUGACAAACAUACUACAUUGUGUAUAUGUAUUGAUAGUCACAAAUUAUAAAUUAUAAAUGACUUCAUUCGUAACGGUUUAAUUUGGUUUGUAGCAUCGUUUUUAGCAUCUAAAAAUAUACAAGCUACACAUUGUCUGGUUCAUAAUAAUUUUUGAUAAUAAAUAUAAACUAGUGUAAUCUGUGACGAUUGAAUUUCUAUUACAUAAAUGUAAGAUUACAUGUAAGAUAAUAACAAUUUUUUUUUAUUACUGUAAUGGUAUUAUGUAUAUCUAGAUAUCGAUCAGUCAUGCCAAAAUUCUAAAAUUUACUUAUCGAAAUUAUAGAAAAUUUAUUAGAACAUAACCGAAUCUUUAACUAUUUUGACAAUUAAUAUAAAAUGGAUACAUAUUUAAGUGUUAAACUUAAUGUGCGAAUAAAAUGAGUCUUCAAAACCGAA